UCUUUCUUUGCUUAUUUAAAUUCCUCUUUCCCCUCUUUCUCAAAAUACUGUUUUUUUACAUUUUUUUUUCUAGAACUCGAUAAUAAAUAAUAUUUUAUGUUCCUUGUUGCUAAGUAGUUUAAUAAUAGUUUUUGAAGUUGGAAGCUUUGUUCUCUUACGGUGAAUUCUCAGAAAUGAGCCAAAGUCCUUUCUUUCUUUCACACCUUUCAAUCUCAGAACAGAAACCCCUUCACUUCAUGGUAGAGGAAUCUAGGGUUUGACAGCACCAAGUCCAUCAAGGUCCGUGCUUUGUGGCCCUUUUUCUCCUCUUCAGUCUCUGGAAAAUUGGGCUGCUCAUUUUCUCUUCCCAGUAAAGUCUUUUUUUCCUUUUAUCCAUAUUGGCUCUCACUCUGACUCAAGGUCCCUUUUGAUUCUGAAAUUUUGAAACUUUAAUCAUGAGUAGCCUCUUCUCGAAUGAGUUACCUCAAUCUUAAUCUGCCACAUGUGACCAAGUGUGUAGAUAAAUGAGGCUGUUUUAGUAUUCUGCUGUGUCUUGCCUUAGUUUUUCUGCCCCUCAGAGGAACUUUGAGGGGUUAGGUUAGGUCUUCUUCUUCUGUUGGUGUUGUUGUUCACCUUUUAGAUAGAGGCUAAAUAUGGAGGAAGUUGAAGAAGCUAACAGAGCUGCUGUUGAGAGCUGCCAUAGAGUUUUAACAGUGUUGUCUCAGCCUCAGGAUCAAGUUCAUUAUAGGAAUUUAAUGGUAGAAACUGGUGAAGCUGUGGUGAAGUUCAAGAAAGUUGUUUCCUUGCUUACUAGUAGUUUGGGUCAUGCAAGAGUUAGGAAGCAUAAGAAGCUUCAAGUACCAUUUUCUCAAAGCAUCCUCUUGGAUAGCCCAAUUUGCAUAAGAAAAAAGCAUCAAUCUAAGUACUUGAAAUUUCCUCAGGCUGAUUUUCAUGAUAAUUCAGCUCAGGAACUGGGUUUAACAGUAGGGAAAUCGCUAAGCCUGGCUGCGAAACCGGCCUUGGAAUUGAGCUCCAAUGGCAAUGGGAAUGGGAAGAGUCCUCUUCAACUUGCUCAACAACUCUCAUCAACACACUAUCAUAUUCUUCAGCAGCAGCAGCAACAACAAAGGGCAUUGCUGCUGCAUCAUCAGCAGCAGCAGCAACAAAUGAAACAUCAAGCCGAAAUUAUGUACAGAAGGAACAACAUUAACAAUAGCAAUAACUGCAGCAGCAACAACAACAGUGUCAUAAAUCUGAAUUUUGAUAAUAGCUCUAGCUGCACACCAACAAUGUCGUCUACUAGGUCUUUUAUUUCUUCCCUUAGCAUAGAUGGGAGCGUGGCGAACAUGGAAGGAAGCGCCUUCCAUCUAAUCGGAGCUGCGCGCUCUUCUGAUCAGAAUUCCCAACAGCACAAGAGAAAAUGUUCUGCUAGAGGCGACGAGGCAAGCGGUGGCAAAUGCCAUUGCUCAAAGAAGAGGAAACAUAGAGUGAAGAGAUCAAUCAAGGUGCCUGCCAUCAGCAACAAACUUGCAGAUAUCCCUCCUGAUGAUUAUUCGUGGAGGAAGUACGGGCAGAAGCCCAUCAAGGGAUCUCCACACCCCAGGGGGUAUUAUAAGUGCAGCAGCAUGAGAGGGUGCCCUGCUAGGAAGCAUGUUGAGAGGUGCUUGGAAGAGCCUUCAAUGCUAAUAGUUACCUAUGAAGGGGAGCACAACCACCCUAAAUUAUCAACACAAUCUGCAAACGCAUGAACUCUAUAAUUCAAUUUAUCAAAACCUAUUAUUGAUUUUAGAUUCUGCUGUAAUGUACAUAUCUUAAGUGGGGAUAAGCAGGGAUUUUUCUUCUUUUUUUCUUUCUCCAACUUUGGGAUAGUUGGUUAAUUAGCCGUUUAGUUAGAAUGAGAAUGAGGGUCAAUGAUGAAAUUUAAAGUCGUCUGUAAAAUUGGCAUUGUCAAUUCUUAAGAACUAUCGACUUUCUUGAGCAUGUUAUGAACAUGUAAGCGUUUUUUAUUUUUUAAUGAA